AGAUGGACAACACCUGCUACAUACCAUACCAGAUUUAAGCCGGAGUAAAUAGAACGCCCUCGGAACAGGGGUAUGGGUCGCUAUGGCUCGGAAUCGGCUAGCCAUCUUUCCCGCAGUGCUUGAAGGUGGUGUGGUUUCGCUCCAGCUAUAGUGUUACACCAUUGCGGUGUGCUACGGCUAUGUCCGGCAGUGCCUCGUAGCUGCUCUAGCUUACUGUGGCUGAAGUAGGUACUGUUGAGGUACGACACGACUAGCAUAAGUCCGGCCACGGCGCUGGUGUGCUCCGUGAUCUUGGGUCAGCUGUAGAAGAGCCCCCCUAGCUAGCAAUUUGGUUUGGCUCAAGUCCGUUUUGCCCCGGCAACUCAGACAUGCCACGUCAUUUGGACCGGUGUAAACGGAACGCCAUCGGAACAGGAGUCGGGUCGAUAUGGCCCUCUAUUCCGGUUAGCCAACCUCUGCCGUAGCGCUGCGCUCCAAAGUUGGUAUGGUUUCGCACCGCCAAAUUCGGCUGUCUGCCAAGGCGUGCUAUCAGCUAUUGCUAGGUCCGGCUGUCUCGUAGCUCGUAGCUGUUCUGGCUUCCUGUGGCUGGAGUACGGUUGAGGUAAGGCACGGCUGAUUGUGGUACGAGCGGGCUCCGGGAUCGCGUGUCAGCUCCAGAGCCCCAGAUCCUGCCCAUACCUCGGCCGGAGUAAGAUGCCGCAGCUAGCCAGAGCAAAACCAAAUACGGUCCAGACUUAUUUUGUUGGCGAGCCACAGCUUUUCAGUUCUUUGGCCGGAGUAAAAAUGCUGGAGCUAGCCAGAGUAAAACCAGAUACAGACCAAUUUUGCUGGUUGGGAGCCAUGGGAGGUAUCUGAUCAGAUAAUAAAGAUUGCUUAGUGAUUUGUGUGAUUGCAAAAUGCAAUUACUCAAACUAAGCUUAUAAGUGAUGUCUUUAUAGACUGCAAUGUUUGGAGGUAGGCAAACAUCAUAGGUUGGGUUAGGUUUGAUUAGGUUUAGUUAAAGUUUAGAUUUUGUUAUUUUUGGUUAAGUUCCUACGUUAGUUUUGACUUGUUUAGGCUACUUUUAAAAUAGAUGUAAUUGUUUGUACCUUUGAGGAGUGAAAUACACUGAGGACCAAGUGGAGAUGACGAUCAGCAAUUUUGUUAUAAACAACUAGGAAGAUAACAUCUGCAGGUCAGCAAAAAUGAGAAAAAUGAAUAUAGUUGCAGCAAUGGCCAGCAACAGAGGCAUAGGGUGCAACGGCGAUUUGCCUUGGAGGUUGAAGAAGGAGUUUAAACACUUCACCUCAUUGAUUCGUCGGCUGGAUGAUCCCAGCAAAAAGAACGCUGUCAUCCUCGGACGAAAGACCUGGGAAUCUGUACCAGCCACAAGUCGACCCAUCAAAGGCAAAAUUAACGUCAUCGUCACAUCUCAAGCUGACUACACGGCCUCAGGUGAGGACGUGUACGUGGCUCACAGUCUGGAGGAGGCCAUGACACUGCUCUCCUCGCCGCCACUCUCGGACACUGUGGAGACGGUGUGGAACCUCGGCGGGUCCUACAUCUACAAGGAGGCGAUAGACAAGAAGCUGGUGGACAAAAUGUACCUGACCCGCAUCAGGAAGGAGUUUGACGCCGACGUCUUCUUCCCGUUGUACUCUGACGACGACUUUGAGCCUGCCAGCGACCCCGACGUACCCUCGGAGGUUCAGGAGGAGAAUGGAGUCGAGUGGACGUACCACGUGCUGAAGAUGAAGUGACCGCUGAUGGUGACCCAAUACUCGGCAAACCUUAGGGACCAGAACGUCACAUCAAUACUCAGAGUUCAGGAACUGUCUGGUUGCGGGGACCAUGAUAUUAUCGCGUACCCUGUUCUCGUUAAUGGUGUUAAUAGAGAUCGGAUUGUCAGCAGUGGGUGGGGUUAAGUGCCAUUCCAUAUGAUUGGUGGGUCGGGCCUUGAAUGAAUAUUGGGUUUUGCAAUCCUAUUUUUAUAGAGACAUACAUUUUCCUUAAAUCCAUGUUUGUUGGAGACUUGAGUGUAUAUGAAGUUCCGAAGGUAAUAUAUGGUAAUAUGAAGUUAAUACGAAGUAUGAAGUAAAUGGCUAGCCGGAUUUUCUUAUUUAAACCGUGCAGAUAGUUUUCCCGAUGUUAACUGCUGCCGUCGGGUAAAUUGUCAUCACCACGGUCUGUCUGUCAUCAUGCUAGCAGUAUUAUUUACUGGUGUAAGGCCUCUUUGUCGGUGAAGAAGCGAGAGGAAUAAAACGUAACAGUUUUCAUGUACA